AUGUUUCUUUUUAAAAAGUCUCUUCAGCUCGACACAGAAUUCUUGAAGGCCCUUCGUGUAUUCUAUUCUCUCAAUAAUAUUAGACAGUCGCGAGGAAUAUAUUCUCUCCAUUUGUAUCAACAUUUGGAAACUUUCAUUCUGCAAACUCGAAGAUCUGUUUUCAGACUUAUAGUCUAUUGUCAGUCAAAAUUCGUUUUCUUUUCUUUUACUUUUCUUUUCUUUUUCUUUUAUUUCCUUUCCUUUCCUUUUCUUUUCUUUUCUUUCUUUUUCUUUUCUUUCCUGUUCUUACUUUUCCUUUUCUUUCCAUUCCUUUUCUUUUCUUUUUUUUUUGUUUUUUUUUUUUCUUUUUUUUUUUUCUUUUUUUUUUUUUUUCUUUUCCUUUUCUUUUUUUUUUUCUUUUUUUUUUUUUUUCUUUUUUUUCUUUUCUUUUUUUUUCUUUUUUUCUUUUCUUUCUUUCCUUUUCUUUAUUCUUUCCCUUUCUUUUCUUCUUUCCUUUCCUUUUUCUUUCUUUUUUCUUUUCCUUUUUGUUCUUUUUUUUUCUUCUUUUUCCUUUUUUCUUUUUUCCUUUUUUUCUUUUUUUUUUUCCUUUCUUUUUCUUUUUUUUUUUUUCUUUUCUUUUCUUUUUUCUUUCUUUUUUUUUUUUUCUUUUCUUUCCUUUUUCAUUUCUUUUCUCUUUUCUUUCCUUUUUUUUUUCUUUCUUUUCUUUUUUCUUUUCCUUUUUCUUUUUUUUUUUCUUUUUUUUUUCUUUUUUUUCUUUCUUUUUUUUUUUUUCUUUCUUUUCAUUUUUUUUCUUUUUUUUUUUUUUCUUUUCUUUUCCUUUUUCUUUUCUUUUCUUUUCUUUUUUUUUUUUCUUUUCUUUCCUUUUAUUUUCUUUUUUUUUUUUUUUCUUUUCCUUUUCUUUCCUUUUUUUUUUUUUUUUUUCCUUUUUUCUUUUCUUUCCUUUUUUUUUUCUUUUUCUUUCCUUUUCUUUCCUUUCCUUUUUUCGUUUCUUUUUUCUGUCCUUUUCUUUUUUUCCUUUUCUUUUCUGUUCUCUUCUUUCCAUUUCUUUUCUGUUCUUUUUUUUCCUUUCCUUUUUUCUUUUCUUUUCUAUUCUUUUCUUUUCUAUUCUUUUCUUUUCUUUUUUCCUUUUCUUUUCUUUACUUUUCUUUCCUUUCCUCUUUUCUUUUCUUUUUUUUCCUUUUUUCUUUCCUUUUCUUUCCUUUUUUCUUUUUCUUUCCUUUUUUAUUUCUAUUUUGUUUUCUUUCCUUUUCUUUCCUUUUUUCUUUUCUUUUUUCUUUUCUUUUCUUACCUUUUUUCUUUUCUUUUCUUUCCUUUUUUCUUUUCUUUUAUUUCCUUUUUUCCUUGUCUUUUCUUGCCUUUCCUUCUCUUUCCUUUCUUUUCUUUUCUUUUCUUUUUUCUUUUUCUUUUUCUUUCCUUUUCUUUUCUUUCCUUUCCUUUUUUAUUUCUUUUUUUUUUUAA